AAAGUUUCCUUCCACUUGUCCAUAUCUGGUCGGUGCCUUCGAGGGCGUCAUUCAACUCAAUCUUGAACUCAACCAUCCUCGAGUUGACUAUGGCAUCUCACCAUUUAAGAUACGGAUUCCGAUGCUGAUCCUAUCCUCCACAUCAGACCUAGGUUCACUGCUCUCCUAAUCCAUAAAUGCGACCGGAGGCUUUCCCGUUGCUAAGUACUUUAGACAAAGAGAGGCCUGUGUCUCACCCAAGCAAGGCGUAUAUUGAAAUUUGCUUUCCAUUCAACGACCAAAACUGAAACUCUAACAGAGUUGAUUGACCAGACAACAAUGGAAGAUCUCAAGAUUGCACUGUAGAUUCAUCUGCAUCCAGAUCCACUCAAAUGCAUGCCGUGCUGACGUCGCUUCUUGAUGGUCGAGGAAAGAUUGCACCGCAAUCUGCUCCGAGUACCCAUAUUCUGGAAACGUGGAAAUCGCCAAGACAAAGGGGAAGUGGCUGUUCGACGGUCAUGGUGCCACUGUGGUUUCUUUGCCGUUGAGGUUCGCUCUUUGUGUCUAAUUAGCCGAUCCUUUGACUUGGAGAUCCGGUUCGUUUGGCCCGCUGGUCCUGCACUCUUAAAUACAACCUCAGAAUCCGAAGUCUCACCUCCACGCCGCCUCCCAGCGCCGCUCGGGUGUAUAGUGCCCAAGUUUCCAUCUUCUCCUUCAGUCCCCACCCUACAUCCUCCUGCUGUCACAAUGCUUUCAAUCAGUCCGGAUCUCUUGCUCGCGGCGCAGAUGGCCUUACGCGCUCCGGAGGACACUCCACUCGAUCCAGCUGUUCACAAGUCUAUCUGCUGCGAGGCUGCUCGUUCACCUUCGCAUUCCUCUUCCUCUCCUCGAAGCCUGCCUUCUUUGCAGUCCGACUUCUCUGGAAGUUCUAGAGAGCUCUCCCCCAUCACCCCGCAGGGUUCUCCAACUGAAUACUCGUGUUCUCAAGAUAGUUCUCUGUUCAGUACCACUGGCAACUUAGAAUCUCUUAACCUAGGACACCCGGAAUCCGUCUGCUCUGAUAUAAAUGACCGAACCCCUCCUUUCGAGUCCUCGGGCGAGGACAACGGCGACGACGAAGAUUAUCGGCCAUCCCGUAAUUCACGGUCUCGUCGAUCGACCAGAAAACUAAAACGGCCCAUUAACAAGGACAACCGCACUCCGGCAAGGCAGCGGGCUCAGCGUGCUAAGCAAAAGGCUGUAAAAGGUAAGCAGGCGAUUGUUAAGAGCAAGCAAACGACCGUCAAGAACGAGGGUGAAGGCGAGGCCGACUGCAAGGAUAAGAAGCGUGUCGCCUGUCCCGUUGAGGGAUGUAACAAUACGGUCGCUCGCCAGGCCGACCUCGCCAGACACAUGGAGAUACAUACUGGUCGGCGUAAUGCUUGCGAAGUAGAAGGAUGUCCCAAUACUUGGCUUCAGGUCUCUAACUACGAGACCCAUUUUGGAGCUGCCCACUCAAACAACAGAAAUGCGAAAUGCAAGGUGUGUGGAAAACGCAUACCGAAUUUUCUUGCCCGGACGCGACACCAAAUCGAUGAGCACCCCGAAGUAUUCAAGGUCUUCGUAGAGAACGCUUCAGUUAGGCAGAGCAGCCGUCAGUCUGUCAGGGUGGAGUCUGCUCCUGCUUCUGAGACGUCUGGAACGUCUCAGAAUGAAGACCAUGACCAGGAUGGAUACGACCAGGAAGCAGAUAUCCCUAUGAACUGUACUGAUGAAGAGGAAUUGUCUCCUUUCCGCUACCAACCUCGGCCGGAUGUAGAAGCCUACUCUCGAUCUGCACCUUCCUCCAGCGGUUCUGAUUCUUGGAGCUCAGGACCUUCUUACCGGCCAACCACACCCUACGCGCCUCUCUCAUCGGUCGCUGGACCCUCCAGCCGACCUGCUUCUCAUUACGCAGAGUACCCUCGUUAUUCACAGGACUCUCAACACCCUUUGGCCACCCAAGCUUCCCAGUGGCCUUCCACUGCUCCGCCCUCCUGGAAUCAUAGAGACCAUGCGCGCAGCCCGCGCUCUGGAUAUCCUCAUGCGUAUCCUCCCAGCUCUGGUAUGCUGUCCACUCGGCCGAUCGAGCCGACACAGGCGAGCUACGGUUCGCAGUACGACUAUCGUCAACCCGUCUAUCCUCCACACGCGUUUAGUGGUCCUGCCUACCCUCCUCCACUCCCUGGACCGUUGACUAGCACCACCUACCCCUCGUACUUUUCUACUGGUCCUGCACACGGCUUCUCUGGGCCUCACUCUCCUGCAGUUGAACCGCCGCGUAUGUGGUCUAGCUCCUAUGGAUCUCGGGAUUCAGCCAGGGGCGAGCCUGGAUAUGAUCAUUACAGGCGAUACUAAGCUCGCUUCCUCUUGAUACCUCAAAAGUUCCCAUUUCUGUGCUUGCGUUACGCUCGCUUUCAUUGUUUUCAUUUGCUCUAUUUCCGCUUUGUGCCUCAAUCGCGCAAUCCUGUAAGUCUUACUUUAUCUCUAAUAUUUGCUUCCGGCCUUCCUUCUUGCUACAUCUAUGCUCUCUACUCUCGCUUGUGUAUCUUAAUGCUCUGGUAGUCUUUCCCUUGUACAUACUAGGCAGUCGAUCCAUUUAAUCUCAUUCAUAUCUGAAUGUU